AAAUGGAUACGACAACAGUGAGGGAUAGUAGUGCUACUACCGGCAGUGGUGUAAACAGUAAGGUUUACAAGUUUCAGGCUGACUGGAUCAAGCUUUUUCCAUGGCUAGUUUUUGAAAACGAGCUAAUGUACUGCAAAUACUGUAAAGGGCAGAAGCAAGCAGGGAAUUCGGCAUUUGUGACUGGAAACCAGCACUUUAAAAAAGACAGUCUCACGAAACACAACAUAUCUAAACGGCACAUCGCCUGCAGAGACGGUUAUUUAAUUCGACAGAACAAAGGCUCGACGGUGGACGCAGCCCUGGUUAGACAGGUGAAGAUUUCGGAGAUGGAGGCAAUGAGACAGCUCAAGAUCAAAAUGAACAUUGCCUACUUCAUCGCCAAGGAGGAAGAGCCGUUUGUGAGAUUUGGGCCACUUAUCACCCUGCACAAGAAGAAUGGCAUUGAUGUGAACCCAACUUACGACAACCACGUGAGAUGUGCGGAAAUGAUUGGACAAAUUGCUGAUCUCUUGAAAGAGAGCCUAACUGCUCAACUGAGAACAGCAAAGUACCUUGCAGUCCUCAUCGAUGGAGACACUUACAUAUCAAGCACUGAGUGCGAGAUUGUCUAUGUGCGUCUGGUGGAGGGUGGGAAACCAGUCACUCUACUGGUGUUCUGGAUGCAACCAAGGCUGCAUUCAGUGCAGUUUACCCUGCGGACAAUGGGGGGUCGUGGUUGGCGAAGCUCAUCAGCUUUGGGGCAGAUGGUGCCUCAGUGA